CGCCAGGGGGCGCCAGAGCGCCCGGAACCUUCCGCUCGGGCCGCGGUUUCCGGGCGGGGGUGAGGGGGACGCGGCCGCUUCCGCUUCCGGGCGCACUUCCGGUUGUGCGCGGCCCGCUGCGGUCCGGCGGUGGCGCGAUGAUCCACGCGAUCCUCGUGUUCAACAGCCACGGGCGGCCGCGGCUCGCCCGCUUCUACCAGCGCCUGCCGGAGGAGGCGCAGCAGCAGAUCAUCCGCGAGACCUUCCAGCUGGUGCUGAAGCGGGACGACAGCAUCUGCAACUUCCUGGAGUGCGGCAGCCUGCUCGGCGGCUCCGACUACAAGCUGAUCUACCGGCACUACGCCACGCUGUACUUCGUGUUCUGCGUGGACUCGUCGGAGAGCGAGCUGGGCAUCCUGGACCUCAUCCAGGUGUUUGUGGAGACACUGGACAAGUGCUUUGAGAACGUCUGUGAGCUGGACCUCAUCUUUCACGUGGACAAGGUUCACUAUAUCCUCCAGGAGGUGGUGAUGGGUGGCAUGGUGCUGGAGACCAACAUGAAUGAGAUUGUGGCGCAGAUCGACGCCCAGAGCAAGUUGGAGAAGUCUGAGGGCGGCCUCUCAGCCGCGCCCGCCCGUGCCGUCUCUGCCGUGAAGAACAUCAACCUGCCCGAGCUGCCGCGCAACAUCAACAUUGGCGACAUCAACAUCAAGGUGCCCAGCCUGUCGCCCUUCGUUUGAGCCGGAUGCGUCCCCUCGCCCGCACCCACGAGGGCUCCCAUGUGUACCCGUGUCAAAGGCCAGAGCCAGGCCUUGCCCACACGGGCUGACAGCUGGCCUGGGCAGUGGGGCUGAGUCGUGAGCAGAGCCAGCGUUGCCCCCACCCCGUCCUGCAGGCUGUGCCAGCCCCCUACCCUUUGCCACUAAAGCGUGGCUGGAGGCAGACCAGCUUCACGCAUCCCAGGAGCUGGCGGGGCCUUGGGCCCUGCCCUUUACCUGCUCCCUGCCUGGCCCCUGGCAGCUGGCACUUCUCUUGCUGAGCUGGAGCAUGGUUGCAUGCCUGACCCAACCCUGGCUCCCCAGCCACUGUGGGUGCUGGUGCAGGAAGCCAGGCACGGGGGGUUGCCAGAUGCUUGGGGCCAGUGGAGCUUCACUGAGAGUCACAGAAGCUGUGUGUAGGUGGCUCCUGCCUGCUGCAUGCUGCAGGGGUGGGUCCCUCCCUGCUACAGGCACAGCCUCCCCUGCCCACCAUGGGAGGGUGGCCAGCAGCUCCUUCCCACCCACCUGCACCCCCCUCCUGUUGCUUGUUAGCAGGGCUUGGCUCUCACAGACCUGCUUGCCCUCCUCGCCCACAUCCUGCUGCACCUUGCGCGGCUUUGCCCCCUGGCCUUGUACCCUGGGACCUGCCACAGGUGUUGCUGGGCUGAUCUCCACGGUGUGCUGUGAUGGGGAACUAGCUGCGUGGCCAACUGCUCCAGGGUGGGGUAGGUGCUGCCUGGGCCAGGGGCUCAGCUGGCCCAUGCUGAGUGAAUCCUGCAGGUCCCUUUGCCAGGCCCCCCACAUGCAGGGUCUCUGUAUUUGGGGGGGCAGGCUGGGGGGAAGCUGUCCAGGGGUGCUGAGAGCCAAUAAAGCUGCUGUUGUGAUCUGUU